UCCUUUUUACUACUAGCAGUUACAACCGCAGUUAUAAAAAACGGGAUGAGGCAAAACGGCGUUUAGUCUGGUCUCUAGGGUUUAAGGUUUAAUUUUCAGACAAAAGAAAAGAUACAAUUCAAAUCAAAAUCUUCGAGCUUCUUCCUCAUUGGCGAUUGUUCUCAAGAAAGAAUAUGAUGAAUUCGUGUUACCAUACUCACUUCUCCUCCCUCAAGCUUCCCCAUUUCUUCAUCCCAAAGAGCUUUGUAGCGUUUCCACGGAGAGAACUAAGAGUAUUCUCUGUAACAACCACCAUGGAAGACGCGUCGGGUAACAUAUCAGCGGCUCCAAUCUCUCUACCUGAAGGCUCGUGGAAACAGGUAGCUGGUGGAGUCACAGCUGCUAAAGGGUUUAAAGCUGCUGGCAUGUACGCUGGGUUACGAGCUUCAGGGAAGAAGCCUGAUCUCGCUCUUGUCACCUGUGAUGUCGAUGCUGUAGCUGCAGGGGUGUUUACAAUGAAUGUGGUUGCUGCUGCUCCUGUAGUUUACUGCAAGAAGGUUCUUGAGACUUCCAAAACGGCGCGUGCAGUGUUGGUUAAUGCUGGUCAAGCCAAUGCUGCUACGGGUGAUGCUGGUUAUCAAGAUAUGUUAGAUUGUGUUGGUUCUCUUGCCACGCUACUUAAAGUGAAUCCAGAGGAAGUGCUUAUUGAGUCAACUGGUGUUAUUGGCCACAGGAUUAAAAAGAAAGAGCUUCUCGAAGCACUUCCAUCGCUAGUCAACUCGAUGUCAGACUCUGUUGAACAGGCAGAUUCUGCUGCUAUAGCAAUAACUACUACGGAUCUUGUAAGCAAGAGUGUGGCAGUUGAAUCACAGGUUGGAGGAACCACAAUUCGAGUUGGGGGUAUGGCAAAAGGCUCAGGGAUGAUCCAUCCAAACAUGGCAACUAUGCUAGGUGUCAUCACAACGGAUGCUCUUGUUGAAAGUGAUAUCUGGAGAAAGAUGGUAAAGGUUGCAGUAAACCGAAGUUUCAACCAGAUCACUGUAGAUGGGGACACAAGUACUAACGACACGGUCAUUGCUUUGGCGAGCGGGCUAUCUGGAUCACCUUUUAUAUCUUCUUUGAACUGUAAGGAAGCUACACAGCUUCAGGCAUGCCUUGAUGCGGUGAUGCAAGGACUUGCCAAAUCAAUAGCUUGGGAUGGCGAAGGCGCAACAUGUCUCAUUGAGGUAACAGUGAAAGGAGCAGAGACUGAAGCUGAAGCAGCGAAGAUUGCACGCUCGGUGGCUUCCUCUUCACUGGUCAAAGCAGCUGUGUAUGGGAGAGAUCCGAACUGGGGACGCAUAGCUGCAGCUGCUGGCUACGCUGGGGUUCCUUUCCAGAUGGAUAAGCUUAGGAUCUCACUCGGCGAGUUCUCACUCAUGGAGAGUGGUCAACCUCUUCCUUUUGACAGGGAUGGAGCUAGUGACUACCUCAAGAAAGCUGGCGAGGUUCAUGGAACUGUUACAAUUGAUUUAUCAGUGGGUGAAGGUGCAGCCACCGGAAAGGCGUGGGGGUGUGAUCUUAGCUAUGACUAUGUCAAGAUCAAUGCUGAGUAUACCUCCUGAAACCUAGAGUCACAAUUUCAUGUAGUAUUGUUGUGUUAUGAUCUCAAUUUAUAAACUCAUUUUGCUUCAAAUAAGACAAUGUCAGUUCAAUAACAAGGUUCAACAAAUUUCAAUAAAAGCUUCACAAUAGUGUUUUGGUUUAAA